AAUAAUAUCCCCACUUAUAUUGUUGGAACUUGGAAAAGUUUUCAUCUUUAUAUAUAACUAGCAGGGUUGUGAUCAUUCGAAAACUACAAUUUGUGUGAAAAUCAGAAGACUGGCCACUGUGAUUUGAAACUUUACACAAUGUGUUUAUAGCUGCCCACCACCAACACCAUUGCCGGAAAUUGUGGUACGGUACGGGCGAAGCUCUUAAUCGAAUGGUUGCCAGAGAGGCUUCGCCUUUCUCGGUAGCCAACCUUGAGGCAUUUAUAAAGGGGUUGGAAGCCAUAUAGGAAUGGUGUGGAUUUGAUGAGCCGCGAUCCAAGAGAUAGUGUGGUGGUUUACUGCCAUGGCUCGCCGGAGGAGGAGCAAAGAGAGAGAUGAUGGUGGUGGUUGUGAGCAGCUAUAAACACAUUGUGUUAACUUUCAAAUCACGGUGUGUUUGGCCAGUUUUUUGGUUUUCACACAAAUUUUAGUUUUCAAAUGAAGAUUUCGUAUAACUAACAAGAGUAAUAAUAAUGGCAAAUAUUCCCAAUCUAGUGAUUGUUAUGAUAUUAGAUUAGUUAGGGUGUUGGCAUCACCCGGAUUAAAGGCGAGUGGUUGGUCAAACCACUAGCGGAACACCGCCGCCGACGGUGAACCACACAUGGGUGGGGGAAAUCGGGUGGAACUUCCACUCGCAUGGAACUUAAGGCCUUGGUGACCGUUACACAUUUUUUGACCGUAUGCAACUUACUUUUUUUUUUAACCCCUUUUAUCUAUUUAAACACACUUUUACGUACCCAUUCAUUCAUGCAUACAUAUUUAUAUUCACACAUUCAUAUUUACACACAUUUACCCAUUCAUUCAUCCACACAUUUCACUCCAAACAUGGCAAACAACAAUGAAAAUAUGACUCUGUGGAAUGUAAAAAUGUCGAUUGCAAAGACACAUGAACAACAACGACAGACACCGAUCUGUAGUCAACAACGUCAUUCAGAGCAUGUCUGAAAACAAUGCGGCUUACCAAGCCCAGAUCAACCGACUUGAAGCUCCCAAUCGGGUUCUUAACCGCAACGAAAGAUGCAGCAAACAAGCGGGGUAAACACCUUUAUUCCUCCUUAAUAGAUGACUCUAUGGCAGAGAGUAGAAUAAGGGAGGGACAGUUGGUAACUCAUACAGUGAGAUCUCAUGGGAUGGCAGUGGCAAGGAAUCACAUCUAUGAUUGGUUGAUUCUUAUGAUAUUGGCGGUCAUAAUGAUUGUUCUAAACUGUAUCCCUCCUUUCUAUCGUUUUGUGGGAAAAGACAUGAUGACUGAUCUUAAGUAUCCUUUUAAGGAUAACACUGUGCCAUUGUGGACUGUUCCGGUAUAUGCAGUAUUGUUUCCAAUUGCCGUCUUUCUGGCCUUCUAUUUUUGUAGAAGAGAUGUCUAUGAUCUUCAUCAUGCCAUAUUAGGGCUUUUAUUUUCCGUUUUAAUAACUGGAGUUAUAACGGAUGCUAUAAAAGAUGCAGUUGGUAGACCUCGACCAGACUUUUUUUGGCGUUGUUUUCCAGAUGGAAAAGAUUUUUAUGAUCAAAUGGGAAAUGUUAUUUGUCACGGCAACAGCAAUGAUGUAAGAGAAGGCCAUAAGAGUUUUCCGAGUGGACAUACUUCAUGGUCUUUUUCGGGUCUUGGAUUCUUGUCACUCUAUCUAUGCGGAAAAAUAAGAGUUUUUGACUGUAAAGGCCAUGUUGCAAAGCUAUGCUUGGUCUUUUUGCCAUUACUUGUUGCAUCUCUUGUUGGCGUUUCUCGUGUAGAUGAUUAUUGGCAUCACUGGCAGGACGUAUUUGCAGGAGGUCUAAUAGGUAUUUCCAUUGCUACAUUUUGCUAUUUACAGUUUUUUGCACCACCAUAUCAUGAAGAAGGUUGGGGACCUUAUGCAUAUUUCCGGGCUCAAGAAGAGUCUCGUUCACAUUCUCAAGAAUGUGGACCUUCGGCUACCCAAAACAACAUGCUCUCUGAAGUUCAAGUAACAGAGUCUUCAUUAGAGAAUCCCCGAUCAACACUUGAUGAUCCUGAAUCUGGUAUAAGGUAGUCUUACUAUCUUUCUAUAUUUUGGAAGUAUAAACUUGAAUCAACGGUGAAGAAAUGAACAGAAUUUGUACAAUUGAUUGUAACGUAGGUUGUGGUAAUCGUAACUGAAUGUACACCAAGUUCACACCUUAUUCACAAACACUCUUUAUCUUUAGGAAAGUUACAUCUAACACUCAACCUUUAUCUUUAUGCCGUUUGGCCGUUGUAUCUUACAUACAACUAGAUUGUCCGUUCAUUCUUUUUU